UCGAGGGAACGAGAGCGUGACGCAGCUUCAGCGCUCUGACCGAAGACUGUCACUGCGCAUGCGCUGCUGCUGCCGCUCACAUUUCCGGUUGAUGCUCUUCUCAUUCGGAGCUAUGGCGCUGCCGACAGCGGUUUUCUCUUGUCUUCUCUUCAGCUCCGCGGUUGCUUUGGUGCAGGAGCUCGAUGACACGUUUAAAGACAGCAGGAUGGAGGACGUUUGGCUGGUGGAUUUCUACGCUCCGUGGUGUGGAUACUGUAAGAAGCUGGAGCCGAUCUGGCAGGAGGUGGGGGCGGAGCUGACCCGCUCGGGGUCACCGGUCCGAGUCGGAAAGAUGGACGCCACGGCAUACUCAGGUAUGGCGUCAGAGUUCGGCGUGCGAGGAUAUCCCACCAUUAAACUGCUGAAGGGGGAGCUGGCAUAUAAUUACAAGGGACCCAGAACCAAAGAUGACGUAAUCGAGUUUGCCAACAGAGUGGCUGGGCCGGCCGUGCGGUCGCUGCCCAGCAGACAGAUGUUCGAGCACGUCUUGAAGAGGCACAGUGUGUUGUUUCUGUACAUCGGAGGCGAGUCUCCUCUGAAAGAGAAGUAUACCGAGGUGGCGUCGGAGCUCAUUGUGUACACGUAUUUCUUCUCUGCGUCUGAAGACGUCUUACCAGAGUCUGUGACUUUACAUGAACUGCCUUCAGUGGUCGUCUUCAAAGAUGGAAGCUAUUUCACAUACGAUGAGUAUGAAGACGGCAGCUUGUCGUCCUGGGUGAACCGAGAGCGAUUCCAGAGUUACCUGCCCAUCGAUGGCUUCACGCUGUAUGAGCUGGGAGACACAGGUAAGUUGGUGGCGAUUGCGGUUACUGAUGAGAAAGAUGCGACGGAGCAGAGCAGCAGGUUGAAGGGUCUGAUCCAGAGAGUAGCUGCUGAACACCGGGAUCAGUUCAACAGAGAUUUCCAGUUCGGCCACAUGGAUGGGAACGACUACAUCAACAGCCUCAUAAUGGGCGAGGUGUCUGUGCCCAGCAUCAUCAUCCUCAACACCUCAAACGAGCAGUACUUCCUGCCAGCCGAGCCUGUGGAGGACCUUCAGCAGCUGCUCCAGUUCUUCAGCAGCGUCCUGGACGGCAGCGCCCCGGCGUAUGGAGGAGACGGCUUUCUCCAGAGGAUCAGGCGUGUGGCGUAUGAUGCCAGAUCCACUGUAAUGUCGGUGUUCCGCAGCUCUCCGCUGCUCGGCUGCUUCCUGUUCGGUCUGCCGCUAGGCGUCAUCAGUCUCAUGUGCUACGGCAUCUGUACGGCCGAGACUGAGGACGAAACGGAGCUGAUGAAGAGAGACGGCUUCACAGACGAGGAGGAAGAGGAGGGUGAGGAGGAAGAGCAGCAGCAGCUGACGGCUAGAACAGAAGACACGGGAGAGGAGGAUGAAGAUGAAGAGAAGAUCAAACAAAAGAGUCCAAGUGAAAAAAAGGUUGAUUAAUGAGAAACGAAUGCCUGCGAAGAGGAAACCAUGGCCUAGAAUCUCCUCACUGGCUUUCAUUGUUUUCUAAUUCUUUUAUUUUCAGAGUCGCUCUAAAUGUCCACCAAAAGUCUUGUUUCUGAAAUCUUCGAGCUCAGUCGUGGAGCUCUGCGUGUAACGAGUUAUAAAAGCACAUAGACUGUUUUCAAGUGAAUUAAUAAUUAAUAAUCAUUGCCCUUAUGAGCAAAAUCCCGUGUCGACUGCAGUUAACUCUUAGUUGAAACAUGCUGAACGAGCCAUCUCUCAAUGGACACACGUCCUACUAUUUUAUGUUUUUUGGAUGAGAAAGUGCAGUUAUUGUCGCAUCGGAGACUUAAUCUCCAGAGGAUUGUCUUACAUGAGAUUUAUUACAUUAUAAAAACAUAAUGAACGCACACACAGAUGCUUUUCCCCUGCUUGCUUCUCAGACGUGAUCUGACCGAAUGUAGAAGUCUAGUGAAGUUAAUCUAGGAUGGAUUUGGUGAGAGGCUUGGGCUUUAUCAAAUGCACUGAACACACACACACACACACACACACACACAGCAGCUUUAGGCUCGGUUGAGUGUUUUUGUUUUUAACUAGAUAGUCCUGAUCCUUCUGUAGGGUGCUACAUUUAACAUUUACAGCAGGUAGAGUCGGUGUAUGUGUUUUAGAUAGAAAGGCUUCAUGUGUCAGCUGUUCUCAGCAUCUGUUACCAACAUUUCCUCAGAAACUGUUACUGCAUUCAUGAAGAAGGAAAGUGAAGACACAGGACUUUUAUUUGGAUUCUCAAAACUACAGCGAAUCACUGUAAAGGAUGUAAGUCUGUGCGAGGAGACGUUUUCUUUCGAGGAACAGGACUGAAGAGCUCAUGCUGCCGUGUUCACACUGGAUGGGAAUGGAGUGACGUUCCUAACCUGGUCUUCACGCUCCCUUCCUGAUGUUACUGUAGGGAUUCUCUUAUCUUAACAUAACUUGUCUUACUGUUUCUGCUGUUCAUUAAAUGUUUCUGUCUCUCUCUCGCUCUGCUUUCUUCCCUCACAUCACUAUCAUGGUAAAGUAGACUAGAUUUCCUUCAGUUUUGUAUGUGAUCACAUUCGUCUGAAAGGUAAUUGUAAGGAUUUAUAACAGACUGCGGUCUUCUUUUUUCUCAUCCCAGAUGUUUGUAGAUAUUGUUUAGCUGUUAGUAAGGUUAGACAGUUUGUCACCUCCAUAUGUUUAUGAAGGGCCUGUCAUGAACAGAAGCGUUCUGCCAAAAACGAUGCCGCAAUGAAUACAAUCAAUAAAGUCCAUGUUUGACACAG